GUUCCGCUUCUCUACUUCCGGUCUGGAGGGCGGAAGUGGGUGAGGGUCGCCGGUGGGUGGAAAGUGAUGUGAGGAGUACAAAGAUGGCGGAGUGAGUGCGCAGCUCCUGAGGACGGGAUCACACAACCAAUGAGCGAUCGGUGAGAUGGUGAAGGAGAUCUGACUCUGUCGUCAUGUUGGAGGGAUUGGUGGCCUGGGUCCUCAACACCUACCUGGGCAAAUAUGUCAGCAACCUCAACACACACCAGCUGUCUGUAGCUCUACUGAAAGGUGCGGUGGAACUGGAGAACCUCCCACUGAAGAAGGACGCUCUGAGGGAACUGGAACUGCCAUUCGAAGUGAAAGCAGGUUUUAUCGGCAAAAUUAGAAUCCAGAUCCCCUUCUACCGCCCCCACCUGGAUCCCUGGGUGAUCUCCAUCUCCAAGCUUCAUCUAAUCGGAUCUCCGGACAGACAGGAAGACUUCGAUGAUCUCAAGGAAAAGUUGUUGGAAAAAAUUCGCAAAAAAACUCUUCUGAAAGCUUUGGAGGACAAAUGGAAGAGCGAGCGAGAGCAGAAAGGAGAGUCGUACUGGUACACGGUCACCGCCUCCAUCGUCACCAGAAUUGUGGAUAACAUUGAACUGAAAAUUCAGGACGUCCACCUGAGGUUUGAAGACGGCGUCACGGAUCCAUCCCAUCCAUUCGCCGCCGGAGUCUGCAUUAAAAAUGUGUCUGUCCAGAACGCCGCUCAUGAGCCUGUGGAGAAAUUGAUGAGGAAGAAACAACUAGAAGUUGAAGAUUUCAGUAUCUAUUGGGAUGUCAGCAGCACUUUAUUGGGGGAUCUUCCUCCGGCGGAGCUCCAGGAUGCCAUGGAUAAAAGCAUGGAGAGCCGCCAGCACCAGUACAUCCUGGAACCGGUAUGCACAUCGGCACUACUAAAGAGAAACUGCUCCAAGGAGCCUCUGAGAUCGCGACACCAACCGCGGAUAGAGUGCGACAUUCGUCUGAAGACCAUACCGCUCACUUUGUCUCAGGCGCAAUAUCAGCAAAUUGUGGAGUUUGUAGACGAGUUUGACAGAAAAGAGCGACAGAUGAAGUACAGGAAGUGGAGACCGAGAGUCCCGGUGUCACACAACUGUAGGGAAUGGUGGAUCUUUGCACUGAACACAAACCUGUCUGAGAUCCGAGAACAGAGACGCCGAAUGAAUGUGGAUUUCCUUCUCCAGCGAGCGCGGGACGCCGUCUUCUAUUGUGAUAAACAUUACACUCGCCUGAAAGGAAUCCCGCUGGCAGCUGAAGACGAGGCUGGGUUGGACCGCAUUGAGGAGGAACAAUCGUUUGAAGAACUGAAGAUUUUACAGCAGCAAGUCCACGAGCGCUUCAGGAGGCAGCAGGAACUGGCGGAGAGUGUGAGAGAGCCGAUGGCGAAGUCAGCUGGCCCUUCCCCGGCGUCCACUCCGACUCGCAGCCAGAGCAGCGGCAUGCUCCAGUACCUCCAGUCCUGGUUUCCAGGGUGGGGGGGAUGGUAUGGGAACCCCCAGGAAGCCAGAGAAGAUAUCGAGAGAUUGUCACAGGAGCAGCAACAGGAACAGAAGUCCUGGGACCCGGAAAAUCUUCUCGGUGCUGAUGACUUCUUUGACCCGACCUCUGACACCACAAACCUGAACACGUUUACUAAGAGAGAUCACGUGUUUGUAAAACUCAACUUCCAGCUCGAGGGCGGCACCAUUACUCUCCUACACAAGGAGAAGAGCAGCGCCCCCCUGAGGGAGGCGGCCUUCAUACAGCUGGAAUUCUCAGGGAUGACGGUCCGGGUGGAGUCUUUGCCCCGGAGAGAUUCUUCUCUUCUGAUGGUUCAACUGGGCGGAUUGUUCCUCCGAGACUUGGCCACACACGGGACCAUAUUUCCUAAUCUCGUCUACCCUAAUGCUGUAGGUAAUUUGGUGUUUGUGUCUCUCUCUGUCUACCGAUCUCUGGUGUUGUCAGGCAGGGUGGGACUUCCUGUAGAUAUUUUGGGCAUGACAGGUCCUCUUUGUUCUGCAUUCUCUGUGUCCUCCAUACAAAUGUCACCCCUUCCCCCCCCUCCUCCAGGAUUCGGGUACCAAUCAGAGCUGGAGCUGAGAGUGGCGGAAGCUGCGAGAAGACAAUACAACAAACUGAAGAUACAGACCAAGGCUGAGAUCCGGCAAACGAUCGAUCGCUUAUUGGUUGGCGAGUUCAUUGAGAACAGCAGGCGCUGGACGAUACGUCUGGAUAUUUCUGCUCCUCAGGUGAUCUUUCCGGAUGAUUUUGUGUGCCAGGAUCCGGUGUUGGUGGUGGUGGAUCUUGGAAGAAUCCUGCUCACCAAUUCUCACGAUCAAAGUAAAGAGAAGGCCACAGAUCAAUUAUCUGCAGAAACAAACGAUUUAAGUGAUGACGAAUACAAAACUCCUCUUGCAACCCCAACCAGCAGCCCUCCCCCCGAAGCGGAGGGCAAAGCGGGGUCCGACACGGCCAGCUACAGCGGGACGGAGCUGAGUGAGGAGCAGCUGGAGGCUUACCUGCUGAGCGAUAAAAUGUAUGAGAAAUACUCGCUGUCCUGCAAGGAUCUGCAGAUCAUGGUUGGGCACGUGAAGGACAACUGGAAGCAUCUCCAGGACAAUGAAGUGGGCCCGACUCACGUGGUAGAGAAGUUCAAUGUCCACCUACAGUUGGAACGUCGAUUGAUUUACACGUCCGAUCCUCAGUAUCCCGGGGCAAUGCUUUCCGGCACACUCCCAGAUCUAAAAAUUCACAUCAAUGAAGAUAAGAUCUUUGCUUUGAAGAAAUGUUUUACCAGCUUGGCAAACGCCGAAACCAAGACGUCUGAUAAUCUGCUUCUUAGGAAAGAGAAAAUAUUCCUGGAUACGGAAAGCAAUGGAAGGAUGAAGGACUCUGUGAAGAAUCUGACCCAAAGCAUUAUCACCCUGGAGCAGCACACCCGCGAGGUUCUGGUAGAGUCCAAGCUUCUGCUGGCCGAAUUUAAAAUCAACUAUAUGCAGCUUGGUGUGGAAAGCUGUGGUCGGUACAUUUCCCUUCUGAAAGUGUUUGGCUGUAAUGCCAAUCUUGUGAAACGCCCGUAUGAUAUCGAUGUGGCCCUCACCGUUCACGGCCUACUUAUGGUGGACACGAUGCAAACUUAUGGUCCUGACUUUGAUCUUCUGAUGGCUUCCCACAAGAAUCUUUGCUUGGACGCCCCAACUGGAAGUCUUCGUGAGAGCAGAGCCCAGUCCCCGGUAUCUGACAACGACCUCUCGCCAUCUGGUCCAUUCACAUUUAAAAAUAAAUGUACUUCCUUCGAAAACAUGAGCCUAAAAGACCAGGAAUCUCUCAUCCGACUCGAAUACCAGUUUGUCAGCUCCGAAUGUCCUUCCAUGAACUUGGACAGCUCCUUGCAAGUCAUGACUGUCCAGGUCAACAAUUUGGACAUCAUCCUCAAUCCGGAAACAAUGGUUGCUCUUAUCGGGUUUCUUCAGAAAUCUUUCCCGAGAGAGAACGAGGAGGCCAGUCCUCAACCCUUGAAGGACAGUUUUGAAAGCAACUUUACAGAGCAAGAAUUUUUUCAGUCCACGUAUGAGCAGAACACUCAGAUGGCAAUUGACAUUCACAGGCUAAACAUCCUGCUCUUCAGGACCAUCAAUACCCCGGAUGGAAGAAGUAGUGGAAAGAAGAUCGCCACGGCCAGCAUUGGUGGUACGAGGGUCAACGUCGCUCUAGGGACUAGAUUUGAUGUCAAUGGCUCUCUCGGCUGUCUCCAACUUAUAGACCUUGCCCAGGAUUCCUCAAAAAAACAAUAUGUGAUCAGCAUAGGCAACACAGCUGCCUAUGAAGGCCAAGGAUGUGAUGCCGAGGCUCUGGAGGCCAUGUUUGUUAAACGAGACUCCCAAUAUAUUCCGAUGGAGGCGCUGAGUUUUACUUUUGCCGAGAAGUCCAAAGAAGAAUUUGCACUUAAUCUUAAGAUGGCGUCUUUGCAUUAUAACCAUUCAGCCAAGUUUCUGAAAGAGCUGACCCUAUCGAUGGACGAGCUGGAAGACAACUUCCGGAACAUGCUGAAGACCGCCGCCUCAAAAGUCUCCUCUGUGCUGGCCACCAAAACCGCCGAGUACAGCGAGAUGGUGUCGCUCUUCGAGACGCCGCGCAAACAUCGGGACUCUGUUCACUAUGAAGCGGAUGAAUACGACGGGUUUAGUCCCGUCAGUGACAAGAUGGAUACAGUGAAACUUAUUCUGAACAUUAAUAUAGAGUCUCCGGUGGUGUCCAUCCCCCGCACUCCCGGCAGCACAGAACUUCUUGUUGGGCACCUCGGUCAGAUAUCCAUUCAGAACUUUGUGUCGGAUGAGGACCACUCCAGCAGUGACCGGUUACACGUGGAGAUCAGAGAUAUAAAGCUCUACUCCUUGAACAGCAACGUUCUCUCUCAUAAAGAAUAUCGGCGCUCAGAAUCGGAAUCCUCGCGGUCUGGCUCGGCCAGUGUCAGCAGCCAGGAGGAGGCGCAUUUCACCCGCCAUGAUUUCUUCGAGUCUUUGCAGAAGAAUCAAGCUUUCCACAUAUUACACAACACGACCAUACAGUUCAAGAUGGAGAAGUUUAACAUAGAAAGAGACUGCCAGGUGACCUUUCCAUUCAAUGAAGACCCUUUAGAGGUGGAAAGCAUCUUAAAGAUUCAGGGAAAUCUGGUCAAUAAUGUUCAGGUGGUUCUGGCAAAGCACGUGUAUGAACAGGUCCUGCAGACUCUGGACAACUUGGUCUACAGUGGAGAUGUGAAUAAGAUGCCUCCGUCCUCCGCCAGCACCUCAGGUCCCGCCACCCCCAAUAAAUCCGCUCCUAAAGCUGCUGAGGUUUUCAUUGAGCAGAAAGAGACCCAUUUGUUCAAAGCUCCUCACCUUCGCUCCAUAGCCAGCCAAUCCGUGUCUACUCAGGAGGUCAAACCCUUUACUCAGAUUCAGGCCAAUUUCAGCAUCUCUGAGCUCCAGAUCCAGCUGAGCGGCGAUCUCACACUUGGUUCUCAAGGUCUCGUCAGUCUGAGAUUUCAAGACUUUGACAUUGAAUUUAAUAAAGAGAACCCCCACACCCUGGCCAUACAGAUCGCCUUACGUUCCCUUCUGAUGGAAGACUUGCUGGAAAAGAAUCCCGACUCCAAGUACAAGAAUCUGAUGGUCUCACGGGGAGCGCCAAAAACAUCAAGUUUGGCCCACAAGGAAUAUUUGUCCCAGUCGUGCCCAUCGGUGUCUCAUGUGGAAUAUCCGGACAUGCCACGGUCUCUUCCUUCUCAUAUGGAAGAAGCACCAAACGUCUUCCAGUUAUAUCAAAGACCAACCGGUACUUCCCGCAAGAAACAAAGGGAAGACAUUGAUUCGGAGUACCCAUCAACUCCCCCACCUUCCCCAACCUCAGAGAGGUCCAAGCCGUCCUGCCUGAAGGAUGACUUUGAUGACUCCUUGGUCCACAUUAAUGUGCUCUUAGUGGACAAAAAACACCCUGAAUUCUCCUCAAAGUACAAACGCAUAAAUCGCAGUGUGAAUGUGGAUUUCAACUGCCUUGAUGUGCUAAUUACACUGCAGACCUGGGUCGUCAUUUUAGACUUUUUUGGAAUUGGGUCAACAGCUGACAAUCAUGCCAUGAAGUCCGAGACAUUGGACAGCCGGCAGGCCAUGAGAUCGGAAAUGAGCUCCAGCGUCGGCACUCCUGUCCAAGAACAAACCAAUACCAAAAUGGAUCUGAAGGUUCACUCUUUAUCGUUGGUGUUGAAGAAGACCGCCGGUGAAUUGGCGAAAGCGAGCGUAUCCAAACUGACUGCCCACCUGGAAAAUAUUGAGGGUGACCUGGUGUUACAGGGGAGUAUCGGCAGCCUGUCCCUGAGUGACCUGACCACCCAUGGUGAGCUGUACACCGAGCGCUUCACUACCAGCGGGGACGAGGCGCUAAUAUUCCACAUCUUCAAGUACGGCCCCCCGGACCCCUUAUUAAAGAGAGACUAUGACAUGUGUGUAAACCUGCGGAUGGCCUCGGUCCAGUAUGUCCACACCCAGCGCUUCCAGUCCGAGGUGGUGGCCUUCAUCCAGCACUUCACCCAAUUACAGGAUAUCCUGGGCCGGCAAAGGGCGGCUAUUCAGGGCCAAACGGUCACAGACCAGGCACACCGGGCCUCCCGGAUCCGGCUGGACAUUGAGGCCGGAGCUCCGGUGCUUCUCAUCCCGGAAAGCUCCCAAUCCAAUAACCUGAUUGUUGCCAACCUCGGAAAACUCAAAGUCAAGAACCGAUUCCUGUUUUCUGGAUCCCACGGGACGUUCUCCCUGAAGGACAAGGAUGUCAUUUUACACGGAUCUUCCUACAAGGAUCCGGGGUCCUGGAAGAGUCUGGGAAGAAUGUCGUCCCCCAUCGUCACCCCGGAGCGCAACGUCAGGAGGAGUGACCCCCGCUCCGGUCUGGAGGGGAAUUCCACUGAAGGUUUAUUCAUGGCCUCAAAAUCUAAGAAAGAGACGAAGAUGGAGACCGAGACAGACUGUUCUAUAGACCCCGGUGACCACGUCUGCCUGUUGGACUGCAUUGUGGUUGAUCUACAAGACAUGGACAUCUUUGCUGCACAGAGAUAUCCCCGAGACUCUGCGGAAGGUCUGGAGAGAACGCAGUCUGUCCUCUUCUUCCCGUCAUACAUGGUCAGACAGACAGGCGGGAGCCUUCUAACCCAUCGAUGCCGACUGAAGCUUCAGCUGGAGAGGAAUCUGGAUAAAGAGAUCAGUCACUCGGUCCCGGAUCUGUCCAUCCAUGGCAGCCUGUCCUCGGUACAUUGCUCUCUGGAUCUCAGUAAAUAUAAACUGAUCCGAGGUCUUCUGGAGAAUAAUCUGGGGGAGCCGGUGGAGGAUUUCAUGCGUCCGUACGACCUGCAGGAUCCGCGUAUUCAUACGGUGCUGAGCGGGGAGGUGUACACCGCCGUGUCUUUCCUCAUUGAUAUGGUGAACGUCAGUCUGGAGCUUCUGGAGGACCGCGAGGAGGAGGAGGAGGGGGAGGAGCGCUCGUUGGCGCGGUUUGACUUUAAAAAAUCCAAACUGCUUUUUGAGAGCUUUUCAAACCAAACGAAGUCCAUAAACUUGGUUUCCCAUUCUAUGAUGGCAUUUGACACCCGAUAUGUGCGCCACAUUGCGCCCUCUACUCCGAAAACCAACAUGUUCAACUGCAUCCUGCAACCUUCCAAAUCGCACAGCAAUCCCGGCUCCCUGCAGAUAGAACUCCACCACAGAUCAACGAAGGACUCCUCCUGCUUCACCGUCGUCCUGAACAACCUGCGAGUCUUCCUGAUAUUUGAUUGGUUGAUGCUCGUGCAUAAUUUUCUACAGACGCCGAGUGACAAAUUGCAUCAGGACCCCCGUCUCCAGGAAGACCGGGGCGGCACCUCUUUGCUCGUGAUCCCCAAAACUGUGAAAUCCGGAGUUGUCACCAAGAGGUCGUCUGUACAGCUGACCCCCGAAAAACAGCUGGAGGUCAAGAUCAACGUUACAGGAACGGAGUUCGUCGUUGUUGAAGACGCGUCUUGUGUCGAUACGAAUGCCAUCAUCCUGAAGGGAACGACCGUUCUGACCUACAAACCAAAACUGGUGGAUCGUCCGUUCUCUGGCAGUUUAUUCGGGAUCGAGGUCUUCAGCUGCCGCUUGGGGAAUGAGCAGGACACGGCUCUGUCCAUCAUAGACCCCGUCCAUGUUCAGAUAGAGCUGGUGGGGAAUUCCAAUUAUCAGAGCAGCUCUGGGCUGAUGGAUGCGUUCAACACCGAGGACUUUCCCCCCAUCCUGGAGAUCCAGCUACAGACAAUGGACAUCAGACUGUCAUAUAACGAUGUGCUGUUAUUUCUGGCUAUUGCCAAAUCCAUCCCGGAGCAGACGAGCGCCUCGGAUUCCGGAGCUCCUGACCCCUCGGCGGCAUCGCCCGGUCCAUCCGGAGUCACCAAGGAGAAUGAGAGUGUCAGAGAGACCCCGAGACACGUCAUGGAUCCCCUCCUAGAAAACCAGCUGGCCCGUCUCCAGGAGCUCGGAUUUUCUAUGGAAGAUUGUAGAAAGGCUCUGCUGACCACACAAGGUCAGCUGAACAAAGCCGCCACAUGGCUGUUUAAGAAUGCCGAGCCCCUAAAGAUCAAUAAGAGCGGAGGAGGAGGCGGCCUGCAGUGGAUCUCGGGGGUGGAGCUGAAGGCGGACAACAUCUGUAUCUGUUUCAUUGAUGAUUGCAUGGACUGCGACGUUCCUCUGGCAGAGAUCACGUUUUCCCGUCUUCUUUUCUUCCAGCACUUUGUGUCCAAUCCCAACGGCUCGGCCGAAUUCACCCUCUCCGGGGACUACUACAACCGCGAGCUUUCAGGUUGGGAGCCGUUUGUGGAGCCGUGGCCCUGUGCUCUAUCCUGGCAGAAGCAGGAAGCCAGCCGCCUCCACCCGUCACGCCUGAAGUUCGAUCUGAAGGCCAGACAGAGACUGGAUAUAAACAUCACCUCCGUGCUCAUAGAGCAAUAUGUGAACACCAAGGAGUCCUGGAUGGCGGAUUAUUGCAACCAGAAGGAGCCGCCCCUAGAGACUGCGGAGGAAUGGAUGGGAUCGUCUGUGGACCCCCCGUGUAUCGGGCCAAGCCUUCCUCUCUCCUACCUUAGAACUAGGAGCACUGCCAGUCUGACUAACCUAGAGCACCAGAUGUAUGCUAGAGUUGAAAUGAAGAUCCUGAAACGCAGGCAGCCCUUCGUGCCGUUCGCUCUCCGGAAUCACACGGGCUGCACCCUCUGGUUCGCUACACUAACUACCACCCCCACCCGCGCUGCGCUCUCUCACAGCGGGAGCCCCGAGGUCGUCUCUGACAGCGAUCGCAACUUCCUGGACGACGCCCACAAUGUCAGUCAGUGGAGGGAAGUUCUCCCCGGAGAAGAGAUCCCCUUCGAGUUUGAGACCCGAGAGAAGCUCAGACACAGACAUACUCAUGACUUGCGGAUCCACCAGCUGCAGGUGCGGGUCAGCGGUUGGGAACAGAUCAGCGCCGUGUCGGUGGAUAAAGUCGGCACGUUUUUCCGUUACGCCGCUCCUGAUAAGAACCCGUCUUCCUCCUCGGUCGGAAGUCCGAUCAGCAGAACGAAUAUCAUUCAUCCGCAGGUCUAUUUCUCGGCGCUCCCUCCAGUACGCGUUGUGUUCGCUGUCACCAUGGAAGGCAGUGCAAGGAAAGUGAUCACCGUCCGAUCGUCUCUGAUUGUGAGGAACAAGCUGGAGAUCCCCAUGGAACUCCGACUGGACAGUCCAUCCGCCCCGGACAAGCCGGUGAUCCUUCCUGCGGUGAUGCCCGGAGAUUCCUUUGCAGUUCCUCUGCACCUGACGUCUUGGCGGCUCCAGGCCCGCCCCCGAGGAAUGGGCGUGUUCUUCUGUAAAACUCCCAUUCACUGGACCAAUGUCACCAAGACUGGGGAGGUGUCCAGCAGUAAACGUGAGUGUCACUCCAUGGACACCGAGAACAGCAGAUAUUUCAGGUUCUGUGUGGCUCUGAAGAAGGAGAAUUACCCGGAUUACAUGCCCUCCAAUAUCUUCUCCGAUAACGCCAAACAGAUCUACAGACAGCCGGGUCACACCGUCUUCCUUCUCCCCACCGUGGUCGUCUGCAACCUCCUGCCCUGCGAGCUCAACUUCUAUGUGAAGAGCACCCCGAUAAGAGGAACCCUAAAACACGGCAAGGAGACGGCGCUCCCCACAGCCGACACGUCGCAGAACUUCGAGCUGGGAAUCUCUCUGGAGAAUUUCCCGCACUGUAAGGAGCUUCUCAUCCCUCCGGGGACUCAGAACUACAUGGUGAGGAUGAGACUCUACGACGCCAACAAGCGGCUGCUGAACCUCACCAUCCGCAUCAUGUGCCGGGCCGAGGGCUCCCUGAGAAUCUUCAUCUCCGCACCUUAUUGGCUGAUCAAUAAAACAGGUCUGCCAUUGAUCUUCAGACAGGACAACGCAAAAACGGACGCUGCGGCGCAGUAUGAGGAACACGAGCUUGCCCGCAGUCUGAGUCCUCUCCUCUUCUCGUAUGCCGAUAAGGAGCUUCCCAACCUAUGUACAAUGAGAGUCGGGAAAGGGAUUCAUCCGGAUGGAAUCCCGGGAUGGUGUCAGGGAUUCUCUCUGGAUGGUGGAAGUGGAGUGAGAGCCCUGAAAGUGAUCCAACAAGGGAACCGACCCGGACUCAUCUACAAUAUAGGCAUCGAUGUGAAGAAGGGCCGAGGGCGCUACAUAGACACCUGUAUGGUCACCUUCGCUCCUCGCUAUCUCCUGAUCAACAAAUCUUCUCACAAGCUUGCCUUUGCCCAAAGAGAAUUUGCCCGAGGACAGGGGACAAGCAAUCCCAACGGCUACAUCUCCACCCUCCCCGGCUCCAGCGUGGUCUUCCAUUGGCCCAGAAAUGACUACGACCAGCUGCUGUGCGUCCGACUCAUGGACGUCCCCAACUGUACCUGGUGCGGGGGCUUCCAGGUCAACAAGAACAACUCCUUCCACAUCAACAUGAGGGACACUCUGGGGAAAUGUUUCUUCCUUCGAGUGGAGAUCACCCUGCAGGGGGCGACGUACCGGAUAUCCUUCAGUAACACGGAUCAGAUGCCGCCUCCUUUCCGGGUGGAUAAUUUCUCAAAGGUCCCGGUGAUGUUCAUGCAGCACGGAGUGGCGGAGCCUCGGCUGAGGACGGAGGUGAAGGCGGCCGCCUCUCUGGACUAUGCCUGGGAUGAGCCGACUCUCCCCUCCUACGUCACCCUGACUGUGAAAGGAGCCGGAUCUUCCGAGAUCGUCUGCAACAUGAACAACUUCCAGGACAGCAAGCAGCUUUACUACGAGAACUUCAUCUACAUCGCUGCCACCUAUACCUUCACGGGGAGUCGGGAGGGAAACGUUCGUCCCGUCAAUCAGUCGAAGAACGUUACUUACUCGGAGCUCGUCCUCGACGUUCAGCCCAAAACCCACCGAGUCAUCCUGAAGAAGAAGGAGCCCGGGAAGAGGUCCCAGCUGUGGAGGAUGACGGGGACGGGAAUGCUCUGCCAUGAAGGAUCUUCUCCUCCUCACAACCCCAACAAGCCGUCCAGCGGACGCUCCCAGGACUCCUCCCUUGUGCUGGACAUCGCCGGCCUGGCUGCCGUGACCGAUAAUCGGUUUGAGCCGCUGAUGCUGAGGAGACCGGACCGCAGGAGGAGUACCACCCAGACCUGGUGCUUCCGGGAUGGAAAGCUUAGCUGCAGUUUAUCCGGAUUGGUUGUCCAGGGGCGGAGUGGGGUGUCCGGGUUGUAUGACGGGGCGGAGGUGGUCCUCGGACCGGACGCCUCUCUAGAAUUGGUCUCUCCGGCCCCCAGAGAGCAGCAAUUUAUAAACCAGAAGAUGAGGCCGGGGUCCGGCGUUCUGUCCGUCAGAGUCAUUCCAGACGGGCCCACCAGAGUCCUACAGAUCUCGGACUUCAGUCAGCGCAGAAACGAUCGUCUGUCCACUGAGAUGGAGGAGGGGCCAAGUCUGGAGAUGAGGAGAUUGAAGAGUCCGGAUGAGGAUCAGGAAUUAGAGGUGACGGUGACAUUACAGGAAGGGAUCGGCAUUUCACUCAUCAAUAAAUCCCCCGAGGAGUUGGUGUUCAUCAGCCUCAUGGAGAUCGACGUCCAUUUCACCCGACUGACAGCCAAUCAGGUGCUGGAGAUCAACAUCCAGAACGUUCAGGUGGAUAAUCAGCUGAUCGGCAGCACUCAGCCCGCCAUGCUGUACACCACCCCGAGGACCAUGGACAGCGAGGAGAUGGACUCCGGACCGGCCAUACAGGUCAACGCCAUGAAGGUUCCCAGCAAGAACGCCCUGACUGACCUCUACAAGCACCUCCUGAUCACGGCACAGAAGUUCACCGUUCAGAUCGAGGAAAAGCUCCUCCUGAAGCUGCUCAGCUAUUUCGGCUUCGGCCGGUUGGAAGCGGAGGUGGAAAAGUGGGAUGAAAAUCUUCACGAGAAGACGGGGGAGGAGAACGUCGCUCAGAAAAGAUAUUACUUCGAAAAUCUGAAGAUCUCCGUCCCGCAAAUCAAACUCAGCGUCUUCACCUCCAACAAACUUCCGUCUGAUCUCAAGGCUUUGAAGAGCUCUCUGGGAUUUCCUCUCAUUAAAUUUGAAGACGCCGUGAUCGAUUUGGAUCCAUUCACCAGAGUUCAUCCCUACGAGUCCUGGGACUUUAUCGUCAACGAUGUCCUCAAACAUUUCCAAGAGGAGUUGCUCGGCCAAGCAGCAAGAAUUCUGGGCUCCGUUGACUUUCUUGGCAAUCCGAUGGGCCUGCUGAAUGAUGUGUCUGAAGGAGUAUCCGGUCUUAUAAAGUAUGGAAAUGUUGGCGGCUUAAUCAGGAAUGUCACACAUGGAGUCUCCAACUCUGCCGCAAAGUUUGCUGGAACUCUCUCGGAUGGUCUCGGGAAGACGAUGGACAACAGACACCAGACGGAGCGGGAAUACAUUCGGUAUCACGCAGCCACGAGUGGAGAACAUCUGGUGGCCGGGAUUCAUGGACUUGCUCACGGUAUCAUCGGCGGGCUGACCAGUGUGAUCACCUCCACGGUGGAAGGCGUGAAGAAUGAAGGCGGAGUCAGCGGCUUCAUCUCCGGAUUAGGGAAGGGCCUGGUCGGGACCGUCACCAAACCGGUGGCCGGCGCUCUGGACUUCGCCUCGGAAACGGCUCAGGCGGUGAGAGACACGGCAACGCUCAGCGGGCACAGGAUGCAGGUUCAGAGGGUGAGGAGACCGCGGUGCUGCACCAGUCCUCAGGGACUUCUUCCCAGAUACUCCGAUAUCCAGGCCGAGGGACAAGAACAACUCUUCCGGCUGACGGACAACAUCCAGGAUGAGUUCUUUAUUGCUGUUGAACAUAUAGACAGUUACUGUGUGCUGAUCUCCUCCAAAACGGCGUACUUCCUGAAGUGGGGGGAGUAUGUGGACCGAGAAGCCAUCUUCCUGGAAAUUAAGUACGAUGAUUUGUACCACUGCCUGGUCUCCAAAGAUCACGGGAAGAUCUACGUCCAACUGACCAAGAAGGCCGAAACUACGAGCAGCGGGAUCGCCAUUCCGGGGCCGUCCCACCAAAAACCAAUGGUCCAUGUGAAGUCGGAGAGCCUCGCCGUGAAAAUAUCACAAGAAAUAAAUUAUGCAAAAAGUCUUUAUUAUGAGCAGCAGCUGAUGUUGCGUCAGACGGAGGAGCCGGACGGCCUGGACCUGAACUCCUAAAGCUCAAAACUUCCACCGGAGUCCCGGGGACGGGCAGAGAUCCGGAAUCUGCCUCCAUUGGGAGUCCCGGGGAGUGGGCAGAGAUCUAUAAUCUGCCUCCAUCGGGAGUCCCGGGGAGUGGGCAGAGAUCUGGAAUCUGCCUCCAUUGGGAGUCCCGGGGAUGGGGCAGAGAUCCGGAAUCUGCCUCCAUUGGGAGUCCUGGGGAGUGGGCAGAGAUCCGGAAUCUGCCUCCAUCGGGAGUCCCGGGGACGGGCAGAGAUCCAGAAUCUGCCUCCAUCGGGAGUCCCGGGGACGGGCAGAGAUCCGGAAUCUGCCUCCAUUGGGAGUCCCAGGGACGGGAAGAGAUCCGGAAUCUUCCUCCAUCGGGAGUCCCGGGGACGCACAGAGAUCCGGAAUCUGCCUCCAUCGGGAGUCCCGGGGACGGGCAGAGGUCUGGAAUCUGCCUCCAUCGGGAGUCCCGGGGACGGGAAGAGAUCCGGAAUCUGCCUCCAUCGGGAGUCCCGGGGAGUGGGCAGAGAUCCUGAAUCUGCCUUCAUUGGGAGUCCCGGGGACGGGUAGAGAUCCGGAAGAUUCUGUCCUCGUAGGUUUACAUCUCUCAUAUAUCUGCGCAUUUCCCGCGGUCUUGUGACGUGAGACGUGAGGCGCGCCGCUGCCUUUCCAUGGGGGAAUUUAUAUGACGGGUCGCUGAUAUUUAAUACGAUGUAUAAUUAUAAAUAUCUACAUAUAAAGUUGUAUCCAUUUUGAAGAAAGACCUUUAUUUUGCUAUCUUUGUACAAAAUGUAUAUCUGUGGUCCUUGUAAAUACAGCGGAGGAUGGGAA